GAAGCAAGUCGUUACUGUUAUAGCUCUUAUACUGGUUUUGGGGAGUAUUGCUACCCAGACAAUUAUCAAGAAUCGUAUUGCUGUGGUUAUAGCGAUGAUCAGUGUUGCUAUUACACCAAUGUUGCAGCUCUGUGGUGUAAGUGACUCAAGUUAUAUAGGUUUGGUACCUAUAGGGUGUUAGCCAGGAUUUCAAAAGUGGCUGUCCAAAAUAAUUUUGUGGGCGUGGUCACAUGUUUUUGGGCAUGGCCGCAAUUUUUUGUUGUUGUGGAAUUGUGGUGUUCUAUUCGUUGAACCUUUUUACUUUUAGUUUUAGAUGCACAUUUCAUUUAUUAAAUUAGUAAAAGCACACAUAUGAUAUGAACCAUAUGAUCACUACGAUGUAGGCUAUAGUAUAUGCUAUAAUGAAGAACACAAUACAGCAGUGUAGUUAUUUUGUUAGGCGUAAAAAACCUGUGGUUCCGGUUUCAUAUCGUGAAAAAAUUAGGGUCAGUAGGUUGGAAAUAAAUUAUUUUUAAAAUAUUUUUUUCAUGGUUUGGUGGUUUUUUAUUGGGCGAUUUGCAGUAGAAUCCCGACAUCAAUAUUAACUAGAGAUGCGUAUUUCCUAUGGACGAAUUUAGGCAAUUUGGUUCAAUAAUUAGUGUGACAAAGACGCCAUUUUGGCACGCUGUAUGAGCGGCCCGCAACCACCUGGAGAAAAUAGGGUUGCACAGUCAAUUGCGUUGAACAAAUAAUAGGGUCAGCAGAAAUAAAGUAGGGUCGGUCGGGAACUGGAACCACAGGUAUUUUUUUUUACGCCUUAUCAAUUGCCGAUAUUUUUUCCCUUUUUUUAUGCGUUUGGCUCAUUUUAUAGUCAUCUUUACUGUAACUGUAACUAUAAACCAGUGUGACGCUCGAGCGAUAAAGCGAUUGCUGUUUUUUAAAAUGGCGGUUUCAAAUUAUUCUCCUUGAUACUUCAUGCGAGAAUCAUCAAGGCCGCCUGGUUAACACCCUGUUGGUGACACAGAGUAACAUUAGUGCAGAUCUGUCUUUCAUCUCUAUGACUGAGGUUCAAUUCCUCCAAUAUCUCAUAGAUCUGAUUGUUAUUUCACAUCAGAAAUAAUAGUGAGAAGAGUUCUUCCAGUUUCACUUUACCAUUGAAUCACUGCAGGCCCACCUCUGUAACACUGGACCAAUAAGAUUACUUUAAUUUACUGUACCUCUAGGAAGAACAGUUAGAACAGCUAGCAUAAAUAAAAUUAGGUUAGGUUCGAUAGACUUAUUUUGGACCUCUAGGAGCUUAGUUAGAAUGGUUUAGAACUGCAUGAUAGAGCUUAUCCAGUAUAAAUAAAGUUAGUUUAGUUCAGGUUUCCUCCUAUACCAUAGUAACACUGGAUCAAUAAGAGAUGAUCCUUACUGGACCUCUAGGGAGAACAGUUUAGAACUGAUAGAGCUAUCCAGUAUAAAUAAAGUUAGGUUAAUUUAGGUUUCCUCCUGUAGUAACAUUGGAUCAAUAAGAGAUGAUCCUUACUGGACCUCUAGGAAGAACAGUUUAGUAUCUGUGUAGUAUAUAUUAUGCACUGUACCAAUUGAGUUCAGUUUAUAUAGUUUAGGUUGAUAACAUUGUCAUUUACAAAGCAAAGAAUACAAAGUUCAUAGUUUCUAUCUCAUCAUAAUGUCUAUCUUGCAAAUUAAAAGCAUAUGUAAACAAAAACCAAAAUAUUAUGAAAUGUUGUUUAGGGUUCUGGGUUCUAUUGGUUCUGUUGAUCGUUUUCUUUGCAAUUAUGAUUACUGUAAUAUGUCGUCGUCGCCGACUACGUCAAGGAAGAACUGGUUAUGUUGUCGUCAGAGGCCAAAAUUACAUGCCAGGCACUGUUGUCACACAAAACAAUGCGCACAUUGCACAGGUAUGAGAGCAAGAGAAUUAGUCACAUGCCUUGUUAUCACUGUUCUGAUCACCUAAACCCUGGUUCAAUAGACCUUUCCCCUUAUGACUAAAAUUUUGAUCUAGACAAAAAUUUCAUCACAGCUUGAAAGAGCAUCACAAAAUUAGUAAUAUUCCGAAGUUUCGUUGCGAAAUGUUGUAAAAUGCGGAUAAUAUAGCCUUGCGAAGUUUGCCGUUUUUCAGUCAUUUUGCAUUACAAACGGGAAAUUGAUAAUCGGAUGAUCAAACUGAUUAUCAAUUUCCCAUUUGUAUAAUACAAAACGAACUUCGCAAGGCUAUAUUAUCCGUAUUUUACAACAUUUUGCAACGAAACUUCGGAAUAUUACUAAUUUUGUGAUGCUUUUUCAAGCUGUGAUGAAAUUUUUGUCUAGACUUGUCUAGAUCAAAAUUUCACUCAAAAGGGGAAAUGUCUAUUACGCGUACACUAUCAAUGUUUCUGAUUCUAGUUAGUUCUGAAGGAUUUGCAAUUAAGAAAUGUUUAAAGGAACUGACUCGGGGUUAAACUCCAAAUCAGUAAUCCCUCAAACAUAUUAAACAUAUUUCUUACAAAUCCUUCAAAUGAAUGAAACAAACAGAAAGUAUGUCACUUUGGUUAUAGAAUCUCGUUUUCAUGUAUCUGAUAUCAGUCACAUCUCAAUCACGAAAAUGAGGCUCUACAGCCAAAGUGACACUUUCUGGAAUCGUGUAUUGAAGGUAGUCCCCACCCAGGGGAGAAGAAUUGCAGGGUGUCUGCUCGAAAUUUUCUCAGAUAGCUCAGACACAGAUCAUGACAGCUUAUUAGAAUGUUUGAUCUUGUUCUGUAGGUGGAACCCCCUGGAACAGUUUACGCACCAUAUUAUGGUGCUGCUCCUCCCUACCAAGGAUACCAGGAUCCACGUCUUGGUGGAGAAAGUGCAUAUGGCUGCCCCCCUCCCUAUGCCCCACCUGCACAAAAGGAUUAA